AUGGCUUUGUCUGAUCGGAAGUUAAAAAGAAAACAAUUUGAAGAGAACUCUAUGUCAUUACAAAUUCUUGAACCUGAGCAGAAAAGAAGGAAAACAAAAACUUCGUCUGUUAUUAAUGUCACCUCGAUUAUGCCCGCAAUUAAUGUCCCCGGACCUAGUAAAUUCCCAGUGGUAGCUAUUACAUUAGAUAGAUAUGGCAUUUCAGACUGUGCUGGUGCUGCCAUCGUGUCGGCUACGUUGCAAGAUAACGGUCUGGUUACUGAGAGUGACACGUCAAGUGUUAUCGACCGUAGCAAAAUUCGGCGCGCUCGCGCACAAACGAGAAGUUCAAGGGCUGCAGUUAACGUGCUAAAUGGCGAUGAUACAUUGGUUUGUAUAUCGUUUGAUGGCCGCAAAGAUAAAACAAUGUUAUAUGAAGAUAAUCGCAGAAAAAUCGUUGUUGAAGAGCACAUAACCUUGGUAAAAGAGCCGAACUCGCAAUACAUCGGGCACAUUACACUGGCCACAGCAAAUGCACUCACAAUUUCAAAAAAACUUUACCUUUAUUUGGCGUUGAAGUGUGAUUUGAAGCGAAUAAUAGCAAUUGGGUGCGACGGUACGUCAGUCAACACCGGUAACAAGGCUGGAAUCAUUUAUCUUCUAGAAAAGAAACUUCAUCGCCCUCUUCAAUGGCUCGUGUGUCUAUUGCAAACCAACGAACUUUCUUUACGACAUCUGUUUGAGCAUCUUGAUGGGAAAACUACAGGACCAAGAAGUUUCACAGGCGUCAUUGGUAAAGCGUUGAAGGGUUGUGAGAAUCUUCCAGUGGUUCAAUUUACACCCAUCGCAUGUAGUAUUUCAGUAUGUAAUAUUUCAGUAGAUAUUUCAAAAUCACGUAGUGAUCUCAGUACAGAUCAGCUUUACUUGUAUGAAAUAUAUGACGCAGUUAGCAGAGGACAAUGUGACGAUAUAAUUGAACGUAGUCUUGGACAUCCUAUAGUAGUUAAAAGCCUUCUUGUGAUGCUGCCGCAACUUGGCGUGGUGUACAUAAAACGCCCCUGUGAUGUAUCGUUCACGUAUUAG